AUGUCCCCCCAACCAGGCGAUCAGGCCGCGCCGCCAUCCCUGCCAAUCUCGCCGUCCCUGAUUGUAGGAAUAGUGAUCCUCAGCUCCUUUGCCGUCACCAUCGCCAUUGCCAGCAUCUUCGGAUAUUGUCGUCACAGCCGGGCUGCUUCGGAUGACGCUGAAAGCGCUGAGGGUGGAAAUAUAUUCAACCCGAAUCGACCACGUCCCGCAGGACAGAAUGCGCGCAUGAAAGAGGUCAGAUGGGUCAACAACAUGUACGCCUGGGAACGAGCCAGGAACGCGAAAAAAGAGGUUGGCGAAGUCAGACCAACGACCUUGCUCCUUGGCCGGCCCGGUCAAGAGCGCAACUGGGAUGAGUGGAGUAGCAUCGGCACUGGCGAAAGCAGCUCUGGGAGUGGAAGACAUGGUGUGGGUAAGGAAGCUGAUGACUGCACAGGCGCCGCACACUUCUACAAUACCGACGAUCCAUAUGCGCCCUCCAGUCAACAUCGACUAAGUCGUCUGGCUCCGCCUUCAGCAAGAGGGUCGUACCAGUCCAACCGGACAGGCCUGCCGCAGUACCCGUCGCUCUUGCUUCCGCAGCUGGUGCAGCGUGAUUUAAUUCGAAGCCCGUUGAGGCAUGAGUACCAGCCCAGCGAUGUCGAGCUGGAGAAAAAGAGACGUCGCAUUGAGUCGGAAAUGCACAACUCGAAGAUUACAAUCAACGCUGGCAUCGAAGAUAUCUCGCGCGAUGCGUACUAUGAUCCGAAUUUCGAGCGGAUCGCUUUGCACAGUGGAGAUCAGUCUAGGCAGAGCCGCAUGGCAGCAUCGAACUUGAGAGAUCAUCACGAAGCCUUCAUGCCCGACGAGCCGUAUCCACAUCUACCUGUACGUCCACUCACUCCGGGCUCGGUGAUCAUUUACAGUGAGAAUGAGGGAACGGCGCAUGAGCGUGAUCUCGACUAUAUGGAGAUGUCGAAGGAUCAGGAGGUUGCGCACAGCUCGAAGAUGUCUCAAGAGAGUGUGAAGGGGAUGAUCCAAGAGUGGGAGAAGGUUAAUGGGAGCUUUGGUCGGACUUGUUGA